AAACACAAGCAUUUAUUUUGACAGCGAUGAACCGGAAGUGUUUCUGCUCACUGUUUUGAGUAUUCCAUCGUUGUCUUGUAGCGUCCGUUCAACAAUGCAGCAGCGAGAAGAGAAGCAGUUAGAAGCGUCGGUGGAGUCGCUCGCUUCUCGAGUGGCACACGUCAAAAACGCUCUUCACAGUUUCAUUUAUAAGUUGGAAAAUGAAUACGAGCGAUUAACAUGGCCCCAGGUUUUGGACAACUUUGCUCUUUUAUCUGGUCAGCUGAACACUAUCAAUAAACUUCUCAAGAAUGAGAAGACACCAUCCUUUCGCAACCAGGUCAUCAUACCCCUGCUUCUGUCUCCAGACCGGGAUGAGGAUUUAGCAAAACUCACAGAGCAGCGUGUCCCGGUGUUCAGCCACGAGAUUGUGCCGGACUACUUGCGAACCAAGCCUGAUCCAGAGGUGGAGGAGCAGGAGAAACAGCUGAGUGCAGAGGCCACACGUAUAGGCCCAGAGGUGGCGCAGAAACAGAUCCAGACGUUGAAUAAGUUGUGUACUAGUCUGCUGGAGAAGCUAAACAAUCCUCGUGAGGACAGAGAUGCAGAAAGUGCAGCAAUACGCCAGAACAAACCAUCUUUUAACCCGGCCGACACAAACGCACUGGUUGGAGCGGUUGCAUUUGGAAAGGGGCUUUCCAAAUGUAGACCCCCAGGGCAGGUGGCCCCAGGACACCCAGGACAAGGGCCCAUGAUGAGUGGAGGUCCCACCUUACAGCAAGUCACCAUUGGUGGUGGUUCAAGCCAGCAAGCAGGUAUGGGAGGACCUGUGGCUCCACAGCAGCAAGGACAGCCAGGUAGGAGGCCUGGAGAUCUGGGUAAAAUGCCAAGCAGCAUCAAAACCAACAUCAAGUCUGCGUCUGGUUCAAUGCAUCCGUACAACCGAUGAGCUCCUUUCUUCUUAGUUCUUCACCCAGCAUUUGUAACAUUUCAGACUCACUAACAUACAUACAUGUCACCUUUGUAUGCCAUGUUACUUACACGGAGCACAUCAACUUCUAAGAAGUUGUUAACUCUGUUCUCUCUACUGUAUGUUCUGAAAAAUGAUGUCAAACCUAAAAUCUUCAUAUUUUUUCAUCCAUUAGUAUACAUAUUUUCAUUGUUUAUACCACAUCUGAGCCUUAGCAUUUGACCCACUAGAUGGCAGUAUGUCCACAUUUAUGGGAUUAUGAACAGCUUGUAUUUUGGAACUGUACUCUUUACACUUUUUCAAUAAAAGAUGUGUUUAAUGGA